CUCUCUCCCGAUGGACAGAAGAUGUGAUCAAAGCCCUUUUUUUGAAAUAGUCUAAAUAGGUAAGUUUGACUGGCCAAAAAUAGAUGCAAGGUGGGGGGGAGGAUUUGUCGUUCAUUUGUGCGAUUAUUUCAUAGUGGUCAUGCUCCCUCCCUAAGAUAAGGACAUCCAAUUGCCGCCUCUUUUGUUUGGGUGCUGGUGCUCCCAAAUGAAUCCUCCCCACUAGGAUCCCACUCCUCAGCUCCCUUUCCCCCUAACUUUGGCCUCUCGAUUCAUGGAUUCAAAGGCUAUCCAAUUGCGAUUCUCAUUUUCCUCUCCUGCCAGCUAUUAUUUCGUCUUUCCAAGGAUGCUUAUUUUGGGCUUUUUUGCUUGUCUUCAAUGUCUCUAGAAAUCUUGACCGAGAACCCCUCCCCCCCAUCUCUACUUUUCUCUGUUUCUGGGAUUUUUCUCACCUCCGAUUUCUUUUUUUCUGUCUGCUAACCGGCCAAAACAGUGUCCUAGGCUCGAAAACCCACCUCAGGUUCUGCCCCUUUUUACCUCGUUUCCUUUUGACAGCAGAGGUUUGCAGUCUUUGGAGACCCCCCCCCUCAUCCUGCUAUUUUUUUUUUUUCUCUCAGUACUAUUACUUCCGCUUCUUUUCUCCUUGAUUGCUUACAAGCCAGAGCACUGCCUCUUUAAUAGGGGUCCUCAGGCUGUGUACAGCUUCGGACAGGAAGCCAACAGCUCCCCUAUCCCCUCUUGAUUUGAAGUGUCAUCAGAGCUUGGGAUUCUGGAGCUGAAGUGCCUCAUCCCAGCAUAUUUGGGCUCUUUACCACGCCUUUUCCAUCAUACAGUCGCAUGAGAGUGAGCGCCACUACCGCCUACCUUUCAUCCGGUUUCUUCGUCUUCUACCGACGGACUUUUCCUUUUGGUCUCUCCCGUAUCCUAUUGCCUGUCGCUUCCUUUCUGCCUGAAGCCUUCAAGAGCUCCACAUUUCUCUCCCUCUCAUUCUGCCUCUCUCUGAUGGGCUCGAACGCAAGGCGUUAUCAUCCCUUCAGAACUACGCUUGGCUUCUCCUCUUUCUUGUGAUACUUGGGAGCGUGCAUUCGCAGAGAACAGGAUGAGCAUCCCUCAUUUGUUCAGAUGCCCGAUAAGCCUGGAUCUGUUCACCGAUCCGGUCACCCUUAGCACGGGCCAAACUUACGACCGGCCGAGCAUCGAGAAAUGGCUCGCCGAUGGGAACCUCACAUGCCCGGUCACAAUGCAGCGGCUCCACGACACGACGCUCGUCCCCAACCACACCCUUCGCCAUCUCAUCGAUCAGUGGCUCCUCGCCGGCCCCGAUCUCAGCUCUCGACAGAAGCCCACCAAGCCGAUCGCCGACUGCGGUCUCUCAUUGUCCGCUCUGAAGCACAACCUCCAAUCCCCGAGCGCGGCCCGUGCGGCGAAGCUCGAAGCACUCGAGAAGGUCAGGGUUCUAUCGGUGGAGUCCGACAUAGGGCAGGCCUGCCUGAUCCAAUUGGGCUUCUUCCCUCUCCUGCUGCAGCUGCUGUUCCAAGCGCCACGAAGAGGCGAUUCGGAGCUCAUGCAGCUGGCCCUCGACUGCGUCCUAACCUUAUCUCCAUCUACCCAAUUGGAUUCCCUCAACAUGCUCAAGAAUGAGAUCCACCUGGCUUCAUUGGUCGCCCUCUUGGACCAAGGCAACCCGAAGAUCAAGACCGGCUUAUGCCAUCUCUUGGAAGCAAUCGCCGCAUCUCCGGUCACGCAAGAGCUUUGCGUCAUUAUGGGACAAACGCGACGGGUCUUGCAAGUUCUAGUCUCCCUUCUGCGCGACAAAUCCGACGCCCGGGCGGCGGAAGCAGCAGCCAGAGCUAUCUCCGCGAUCUGCUCCUUGGAAGCCAAUCGAGGCAAUGCGAUAAAAGAAGGCGUCGUGGAUGGACUCAUCGCGUACUUAUCGCUGAAUUCUGCUCAAAGGAGUGCUUCCAGGGCAUUGGCCGCGCUGGAGCUUCUGCUCGGACUGGAGGCCGGCAAGAAGGCUGCGAUGGAGGACCUGAACGCGGUGCAAGUCCUCGUGAAGCUGGUCUUCAGAGUGUCCUCUGAUCAGGAGGGGAGCGAGCACGCCGUCGGAUCGCUGCUGAUCUUGUGCUGCGAUUCGGCGCGGGUGCGGAUGGAGGCGGUGAAUGCCGGGGUAUUGGUGCAGCUAUUGCUGCUGCUCCAGGCCCAAUGCAGCUCCAGGGCCAAGACCGAGGCCAGGGCGCUGCUGAAGCUGCUGAGGUCCAUGUGGUCUGAGGACACAGGGGGUCGUAAUUUUCACAAUGCAGUCUAGUUUUUGAGUUCUUACUGUAUCGAAUAACCUCUUUUGCUCAACAACAGAUCAAAAGAGAUUGUAGUUUUGACUCCUACCUCCAUGGUAUGAAAUUAAUCUGCUGCAUUAUAUGGAAACAAAUUAAGAGAUUAUAAGCUUAUGCCUGUGAAGGCAGGUAUAUUAACUCUUGUAAUUUUCAUUAGAUGAGCAACAAUUUCUACGUUCGUAUAGAAAACAUCCAUGUAGGUCUCCAAAGCCCAGAGCUUUCCAAGCAUGGAAAUGAGGGCUAUUGAGAUUUCGAGUUAUGGGUGGGUGUUAUCUGGGAUUUCCCCAAUACAAAUUAAUCCUAAGUUCGUGUCUCAAAUACUUCCUCCUCUUCUACGGUUCGGACUUCCUUUGUAAUCUUAAAAAAAAAAAAAAAAAAUCAUUUGCGAGUUCUUUAUUCAAACAUGGCUCUCCCCAGAGGAGAAGAGCAGUACCACCACUGGGCUAUGAAACCUUGUUGAAUGGCUAUUAGCUGCUGCUACCAUUUUUGCAGUGACAGACCCUGCCAUGGGUAGGUAACGUUUCUCUUUGGCGGGCGAAGAAGGUCACUGAAAGGGACCAUAUAUCAAAUGUACCCUCCUAUUAAUGGAGACUGUCCAGCUCUAGACCCCCCUUCCCAAUCACAAUAUCACCUACCAUCAAGUAUGACCACCUUUUUCCAACCGGCUAGAAAUAAGCCAUGUCUUCUGCUGAUACGAAAAUUUGAGAGGGGACUGGGGAACCACUCAGAGGGACCAUUUGACUGCAGCGACAAAUCUUCUUGUGGUACAUCAUCUAAUUAUCGACCAAGGAAAUUCGUUGCAUGUCUUCUCUGUUCAAUAAUCCUUGGAAUUAACCGAGACUGCCGGCAUAUAUCAAGGAUACGAGACGUAUAUCUAAAUAUUCAUAGAACAAAAAUAUUACAUGAGUUGUAAAGUUGUUCAAAUUAUUAUGUAGCUUGUCGCCAUCAAAUUUCUCACACUAACAAAAUUAGGCUCAACAAAUUGGUCAAAUUAUGAAGCUAUGAUGCGCCACGUCGUAUGAAAAAGUUUUUGUGGGAUAAAGCAACGACUAAUAGCAUGCUUUUAUGAAAAUAGGGGAAGCAAAUAUGCGGGGGUUGGUUGCAUAAGUAAACGAAAAAUCACAUGCACAUGAAUAGAUCUAAUUUUCUUCUCAUACCAUAAGAAAAAUUAAAUUGCAGGGUAAACCUUUAUGGUGCCUGUCGAUUUUCGUGAUUUCGACUUUUAUCAUAUAAAUUUUACCUAUAUGGUGACUGCCAACUAGUCAGUGAAUUCUCUGGGGGUUCGAUAUCAACUGCAUGAGUUUAGCCUGCAUUACACUAAAUUUAUUAUCUCAAUAAAUUCAGCAGGAGUUUUUAACAAUUUAACCCUCUCCAUGUUUUUUUUUAUUAUAAAAUUGCUUUGGAAAGAGGAACAAAAACUGGAUAAAAUUGUUUUCUCAAAGGAAAAAAAAUAAAAGGAAAGCAAUUCUUAGCUGAAACCUCCCUCGCUGCUGUAUAAGUUGAUAAAAAGUGGAAGCCUACAUAAAUAACAAUGAUUAAAAUGGAUGAUGCCCCACCUAACAGUGAACUCAGCAGCAGAUGGGACCUUCAUGGCCCCGUCCAUGUUUUAGUCGUUUUAGAUCCUGUUCCAACCGCAAGAAACUGACGACCCCUUUAUUGUCCAUAGCACGAAAUGUCCGAUAUGCGUCUGACCGAGGUUCUGCUGCAUUCCUUGAUCCACAGAAGACAUUUGACAUUGCCAACAAUGGACGGCGCUUCCCAUUUCCGAACACCAGCUGCAUGCUCGAGUCUUAAAAUGGCCACCAGAUAAUAACACUUCAGAAAUCUAUUCUAAAACUUAAAUUUGAGGUGAAAAUUUACCAAAUGAUUAGAAUAUUCUUGAAAAUAUUAAUGAACUAGUAAAUCAAGCACAUCUAAUGCACAUUAAGAGAUUACUUAGACAUGCAAACAGAAAAUAAUGAGCAUAUAAUUUAAAAUCUAUACCUUAUUUAGAAAAAAAUGCGAGGUUGACGUCGCUGCGGAUGGAUGCCUUUCAUGGUUUAUUAUUACAGCUUAUAGUCCAAUCUACUAUAAAAUUAAAAUAUUAACAAACUGCACCACUGCAUAUUCCUUCUAAAAAUUGCUAAGGCAUUUGUCAAGAAAAUAAGAGAGCAGUGAAAUCCAGAAAGAAAAUUUUAAAAUCCAACUAGUUUCUGAUAUAGUAAAGUUAAUAAGGGAAAUAGCUUUGGAAUGACAGAGCUAUUGCUUUAGUGCAUACGGAAAAGCAGGCAUGAGAAAAGAAGCAAUGAACAAAAAUAGUUAGGAUGAUGCAUGGACGACAGGUUUUCCA